AUGAUCAAACUUCCAAAACGCCAUAAAUAUCACAGCCUAGCGGACCUGAUCAACAUGCAGCAACUUCUUGAGGGCAUCAGUGGAAAUCAUCAUGGCCUCUCCUUCAACAUCUUAAAAAAUGGACAACAUAUAACCACCCAGGAGGCUCUUCAAGAUGCUACACUACUACAGCGACCUACUUCUCCGGCAAACAGCGAAAAAUCCACUCAACAGAAAGAGUUCACCAACAUCCACGACUACAAGAGCAGUACUAAGGUGAAGCGCCAACGUCAGAGCUCGAAGAUUCAUUAUCACAGUUACGAAACAGAGGAUGAAGGAUGGCGCAUUUUCUGUGCAAGUAAGUCCAUGAAUAAGCUAUCUGACAAAGGAUGGACAAUUUUGCAAAAGACUUACUAUCUUCCUAUAACUCCAGUUUUGUUAGUUUAUCUUCAUUAG